AUGUCAGUUGCAAAACUCAAGGCCUCUGACACUCCAGAUGUCAUGAGAACAGAAGACGGAAUAGAAACCAUAAUCAGACAAGCAAUUGGCAAAGAGCCUUUCUUUUAUUUUCCAAGGGUCAGUGACAGCCCAGGACAGUUGAUUCCAUUUCUUCAUGCUUUUGAUCCGCAAGGUGUUAGCAAUGUUUAUCCAGAAUAUCCAGGUUGGCCUUUGCUCUAUCCUCUGAAGGUUCCGACGGAUAAAUGUGAGAAGUGUUCUCAAGAGUUCUGCUCCACCCUUAACUAUAGAAGACAUUUACCUGUGCAUCACCGAUUCAAAAAGCUUGAUAAGGAUACUUCAAAAACUAGGGAGCUUUUAGGGGCAUAUUGGGAUAAGCUCUCGGUAGAAGAGGCGAAGGAAGUCGUAUCGUUUGAGAAUGUGAUGCUGGAGGAAGUUCCAGGGUCUUCGAUUUUGCAUGCUUUGAUGACUCUUGCUCAAAAACAAGGAUUCUUUUUUCUUCUUCCGUGUUAUCUGAGGGCCGGCGCUGCCCUAUUGGACAUUGUUCAAACCAAACCUUCCAGUUUUCCUAUACCUUCCCAGGAUUUAUUCAGUAUCCUUGAUGAUGCUAGUGAAGGAACAUUUUUAUUGGGGACAACACUGUCAGUGCAAAAAUGUGUUUUUCCUGGAGGGGCUGGAAAAAUUGGUCUUGAACCGAAAAAUAUAGUGGCUUGUACAAGCUUCUUGCUAGAACAGAUAUUGGUUAAGGCAUGGCUUGCUGACAAGGAUGCUGAAGCACUGAGGUGCCAGAAGCAAUUGGUUGAGGAGGAAGAAGCUGCCCAGAAAAGACAAGCUGAGAUUUUGAAGAGGAAACGCCAGAAAAAGCUUAGGCAAAAAGAACAGAAGGCUAAGGAACAAAGAAACAAGCUUGAGGUAGAUACUAAAGAGAACGUUGACAGUACAAUGAAGACUGUAUCACCAGCAGAAACAUCUUUGGACACAUAUGAUUUUGAAGCUCAAAAUCCAGUGGAGUCUGCAAAGAACACUCCACAUGUACCUCUUCAAUUCCUUGACAUCAAUGAAGGAAAAAAUGGGGAUACCCAGUCAGGACAUGAUAUUGGUGCUGAUCUGAAUAUUCGACAGUCACAACGUGAACUUGAUCGUCUUGAAAGAUGGCACCAGCUGCCAAAAUUCUCCCAACGCACUGCCAGUGGUCAGCUUACAAACAGGAAUCCUCCUAUUUCAAAUCCUGAAGUCAUUCAGAAAUAUGGAACCCGCCAUGGUCGGAAGGCAGAUGGUACAUCUAAUGCUGGUAAAGCAUGGCAUGGUAAGCUGAAACCUGACAUUAACAGGAUGGUUUUAAAACCCGUAACAAAGACUGAACCUGGCCUUGUAAAGAAUCAUGAAGUUAUGAUAGGAUCUAUAUCUGUCAAUCUUGCCAACUGCAGCCAAUCAGAGGGUAAUAUGGUGGCAUCUCAAGAAAAAUGUUUGAUUGAAAAUGUGGUGGCAAUUCAAGAAAAGUGUUUGAUCGAGAAUAUGGUGAAGAAGCCAAAUAGUUCUCAGAAUAAACCAAAGAAACCUAAUUUACGUGCUACUGAAAAUAAUCAGUCAAUGGUUAAACCUUCCACAGCAGUUAGUCGAUUUGAAACUAAAGAAGAUCCAUUUCCAGUUCAAAGUGGUGGCUUGGAAGAUGAUGAAGUUAAUAGAAAUGAAGUUUGUCAGAACUUGUCAAGGAUUUGUAGUGAUGGAAGUGGUUUUGAAAACAAAGUUUCCAAUACAGAGAGUAGAGUAGAUCCGGUAAAGUUAAAGUUUUCGAUUCAGGCUGCUAGAGACUUUCUUGCACAAAGAUGGGAAGAAGCUGUCUCGUCAGAUCACGAGAAAUUGGUUAUUUCCCUUGACUCUGAACUUUGUGGGAACCAUGAACCAUGGGAAUCUUGUAAUGUUGAUAGAUGCACCAACGUUGUUGCAACCACCAAAUGCAGAGGGAAGGCUAAAAAGGGAAGCAAUCACAAAGAGAAAACAACCUAA